AUGUCGCACUCCGGCUUCACGAGACAAACCUCCGGCUUCUCGCCGAGCAACGCCAACGGUGAUUCCGGAGACGGUGGUGGAGGAGGAGGAGGAGGAGCCGGCGGAGGCGACACCCCCAUCAUGCCGUCGGGAUCUGCAGCAGACCUCACAAACAGAGUCCGCAUCGACGCGAGCAAAAUAAAGGAGGAGGAACCCUCCCUUAGCCCGAUAGGUGGUGGUGAUGGUGCCGGGAAUGAUGGUGGGGGGCAACCCGGAUUGAUGCAGGAUUCCUUAAGCUUGAUGCAGUUGAAGAGGCUGGUCAUCGAGGCGCCCAGGUUAAAGGUGUGUUUGGUCAAUGCUUCCUUUUGCUUUUACGCCCCACAGGGGAGUUUUCGGGAAUCAAUUGGAAUGUUACUUUCCGAACCGGGUGGUUGGGCUUUCCGCGGGAGCUGCUGCGGUUGCUGCCCCCACCUGUUUAAAUGCUUGUUGCGUGCUUGGGGAAAUGUCAAAGAGGAAAUCUGACAGUUAUCCAGCAACCGGAAUACGCCUUUCGUUACUCCUCUGCGGAUGUUAUUACUGCGGAGCUGAACGAGUGGUUCUCUUACUCGCUCGCAAACGACCUCUCGCUCUUGCUGCUUUCCAAGCAAACCUUUGAAGAAACCUACGCUGUUCUCUCACUUCCGCCCCACCAAACAAUCGAAUCGCUCGCCGGAAAGCGGCCCCCGAGGUGGACUACUAGCAAAGAUGUCAAGCGGAGGCGUUUUAUAUCCCGAUGCGCGGACCUCCUAGAGCAUACAAACCAGAGGGAACGAGUAAAGGGUCUUGAGGGGUUGGCCUACGUUGUUCAGGGUGUAUUUGGGGAGACUGUUUCCGAGGAGGACCACCUGGACAGGAUAAAGAAAAAUGUUGCCCUAGUAAGGCGGGCAGGGCUUGUAGAGGCGUUAUUUAAUUGUGUUCGGGGUUCGGUGGGAAGGGAAUUAGAGUAUGCUGCUGCGGGUAGUAAUUCGAGGGACGAGGCGAAGGAAGGGGACCGGGGAUGGAACAAGAAGGAACUCCGGUACGCUUUAACGGUAUUAUACUUUCUGGUGGAGGUCACCCGCCACCAUGACGAGGAUGCAGAGGGGGCAAUGCCGGGGAUGGAUCAACAAGUUGAGUUACUCCGUGAUGAGGUUGCUGAUUUGCCGGGAGAGAGUGGUUUGUUGGGUUUUCUGGCAAAAACCUUAGGCCGUUUGCGAUGGGAGGAUAGUGUCGAUUUACCGCUAAUGAACAUACUCCUUCUCACAUGGAAAACCAUGCUACUUGUUUUUGGCGAGCCUGAUAGACAUCUCGCGAAAGUUAAGACAUAUGCACGCGGACUAGCAGGGUUGGAUCCGGAGGUGGGCAAGGGACUGAUCACUGCAUCACCCUUGGAUUAUCACGCGUUCAGGCAAGACAUUAUGGCUAAAUACCCGGCAUACGAUCCUCCAAAACCGCUCUUUCCUUUCGAAUUAGCUGCAAACUCGUUUCUGCCGUCGUCUGCCAUUAAUCCUGCGACCGGCCGAACUGGCGGAAAUGGAGACGUGCUGUUGGGCGGAAAGGGUGGUGGUGAAAAUUUGGGAUCUAUCUUAAAUAAGGCAGUUCACAUUGCUACUCCUGCCCCGUCGCCUCCGCCGUCUCCUGGGGGUCUUGGAGGGAAAGGAGGGAAGAAACAGAAUUACCAAACAAACAAUAAUUUCCCCUUCUUAUAUCCACCUUCCUCCUCUUCUGAUAUAGACAAGAAGUUUGCCGGAAAUUGUUGGUGGAAGGAGGAUGAUGACACUUUUUCUAGAACGGAGGGUGGUGGUGGUGUUCCGACUAGCAUCAAGGAGGCUGGAGAUUUAUUUUCUGGGAGGGUGAGAUCUACAUUAGCGAUGAAGCAUAUGUGGGAUGAGCGAGAAGCAUUUCUGAAAUUCCAAAGGGGAUGGGAUGUUGAUGAAGAGAUCUUGAGGGAGAGGAAGGAGAUCGAAGGAAGGGAUCGGCGGUGGGAGGAGAAGCGGCUAGAGUCAGUAGAAGAGUUUUACGUUCGUCUAGCCUCUAAACCAUCGUCUAUAUUUUAUCUCCCGGAUCUGCUGCUAAUAUUCCGCUGCAGAGAGCUGUGUUGCCUCAACUACAAUCAUUCGUGAUUGUACUGUUGAAGGUUAUAUUGGCCAAUGUCAAUGCGCCCCCCAUGCAACCGCCGCUACCACCGCCUCCGCCGGGCAGCCAACAGGUUUCGUUUGCAGAUAAAGAGGGUAAGCAAGGUGUCUGUAAAUUGGUCAGGCUACCGCAUUAAACUAAUGAAUGCAUAGAGGGCGAGGGCAAUAAUCAUAGAGGGCCAGUAACCAUUGACCCAGCUACUGGGAGAGUCGACUAUGCCGGGUCUUCGAUUAGGAAUUCUUGGAAUAUCUUUGGGAGGACGGCUCCGGGGGCGAGUCGUGCUAAUGGGGAUGGAGGGGAGGAACUAAGUACUAUUAGCGAGGACGGAUCCGAACAGCCACCAAACGAUUGGGAGAAGGAGAGGGAGCGGGAGCGGGAACGCGAAAAGGAACGAGAGAAGGAGCGUGAAAAGGAGCGUGCGGAGCGCGAAGCCGAUGAGAAGAGAAGGCUGGACGAGGCAGAUGCCCAGAGGAUUAGGGAGAUCACUAGCAAAGCCGUCAGUGCCAUCUUGAUGGGAAUGUUGAAAUGGUUUCGGGCUUCUCGUAAGUUUUAACUAUCGCCGUUAGUAUGAUACCAUGAACUAAUUAGAGAUCCCUUAACAGACGUGCUCAAGUUUGAGUACUUAACCCAGCUCCUCUUGGAUUCUAACUACCUUCCCCUCGUCCUUAGGUUACUCAACCAACAAGACAUUGUCCAAACCGUAACUGCCAAGACAGACCGUAGGGACAUGUCCUUCUUCAGCUUCUGUAAUCUCCACUCCUCCAACCCCAAGCCAAAAUCCGAACCGCCAGCCAACCCGAGUAACUCCUACUUGGGCUCUUCACCGGACGAAGCCUGCCCCCCACCAAUCCCCAAAUUCCCGCGCGAACAAAAGGAACCUGACCCCCCACUGCCCCCACCUUCCGGCGCCCCACCGUCUAGCCCCCCAGAAGCCAUAACGGACUUCUCCUGGCGCAACUUCUUCACAGCAAUAAACUUCAUCCGGAUAAUGCAAAAAAUAGUCAAGAACAAGUCGCACCGCAACCUCUCCCUUGUCCAGUACAAGUCCUCCACCAUACUCCGUAAGCCGCUGAAGUGUCCUCAGGGGGAUCUGCGCUUGUACACGCUCAAGGUGUUCAAGGGGCAAGUGCCCUACUGCGGCCGUAAGUGGCGGCAGUCGAACAUGCGCGUCAUCACCUCCAUAUACCUGUUCUGCAGGCCGGAGCUGAAGGACGAUUGGCUCUCUGGUGGUGACGUGGACAGUGAGGUUGAAGAGAGCUUGCCGCAGGAACAGGCUCUCCGGAGUCUUACGCAUUUUUAUAAUGUUAGGAGGUAUCCAAAAAGUAUGGGCGCCGAUAUGGAAAUGAUGGAGAUGGAGAGGGACUUUUUUAGGAGGGAAAUUGAUAAGAUGGAGGUCGGGGAAUGGGAUGCUGCAGGGUUGGAGGGGUGGAGGGGAUAG